CUAUCUACCGCAUGUCAGUACCCUGUUCCCACUCGCUGCACCUAUCCUGCCUUUAACCCUGUAAAAAAGCCCUCUGUAGCAACUGCUCCCUCCCCUGUUCCAUCCUCCAGCUCUUCUCUGUCUCCAGCUGUUCCAUUCGUUUGCAGACCUGCGUUUACUUGCAGUGCUCCAGUAGUUAAAACCAGAGAAAAAAGCAAAAAUUCUUUCCAACCAAUACCAUCCUGCCAGUAUCCAAACCGGUGAACCUGCCUUCCGUGGUUCAGCCUGAAGCCUCUACUCAGCCUGAAGCCUCUACUCAGCCUGAAGCCUCUACUCAGCCUGAUGCCUCCUCUACUCAGCCUGAUGCCUCUACUCAGCCUGAUGCCUCUACUCAGCCGGAUGCCUGCAUUCAGCCUGAUGCCUCUACCCAGAAUGAUGAACUGAUCCAGCCUGACGAUCCUAUUAGGCCUGGUGACCCGAUGCCCGCUGUUGAGCCAGACAAUCCGGUACCUGAUGACCCGGUGCCCGCUGUCAUGCCAGUUGACUCAGAGCCCGCUGUCGUGCCUAGUGACUCGGUGCCCACUGCCUUGCCAGAUGACGCAGGUGCCCGCUGGCGAGCUAAAUGACCUGAUGCCUGGUGACCCAGUGCCCGCUGUCAUACCUGGUGACCCGAUGCCCGCUGUUGAGCCGGACAAUCCGGUACCUGAUGACCCGGUGCCCGCUGUCGUGCCAAUUGAGUCAGAGUCCACUGUCGUGCCUGGUGAUUCGGUGCCCGCAGUCUUGCCAGACGACUCGAUGCCCGCUGUUCCGCCAUACGACUCGAUGCCCGCUGUUCCGCCAGACGACUCGGUGCCCGCAGUCUUGCCAGACGACUCG